CGCGAGACAAGGUGGCCAUUACCGGCGAUCUCAAAUGUGCUUAAGUUUUGACCGUCGCCGUCUUACACGGCGGAGAUAGCAGCUCAGAGUGAGAUCUAAGACACGGAGUUAGAUUUAACGAUGGAGAAUGUUUGGAAAUGACCAAAAUAGCCCCAUAACAGAAAUAUGCUUUGGAGUAGCUAAGAGGAGCGCUAAUAAUUCAACUAACCAUAUCGGGUGCAAAGACGAGCAUCUCCAUAUCUCUGGAAAUGGGCUUGAGCAGCACCUCGGCGUCGAAAUUCUUGACGGUGCCGUGGUGGGUGGUGGCGGCGAUGUGGAGGAAAUACUUGACUCCGGCCACCACCUGCUUCUCCGCCUUCACCACCUCCUUGAAUUUCAGCAACUCCACCGCCUCCAGAUUCUUCUGCUUCAGCCCCUUGUUGUACUCCGCCACGCAGUACAUCCCCAUCCCUUGAAUCCGCUUGUUCGUCUUCGCGUCCUUCACCGCCGUUCUCCCCCCGGAUUUCACGUCCAGAUGGACGGCGCCGUCCUGCGUCGACCCCCCGCCGUUCACUUGGCCUGUUGACAAGGCUACGGCCACGCCGGAAACGGCCAGGAAAAGGCUGAUAAGUCGUCCCAUUAUUAUUUUUCUUUUAUUUAUUUAUUUAUUCAGAGUGUGGAAAUGAUGGGUACAGAGAUAUAUAUAUGGUGGAUUGUGUAUGUAUAGUGUGAGGGAUACCAGAGUCGGCGGCGUUGGAUGGUGCAUAUUCUGCAACAAUGGUGGGCUGUCGUGCCAUUUCAUUCAGUUUAAGCUAGGAAACCCAAAAAAAAAAAACCGUAAAAAACAAUAUUAUUGUUGAUAGGAUAUUAAGAUCCGACGAAUCCGCAUGCAAAUUCACUUUAAUAAUAUAAUACUAUAUGUGUUUUUGGUCAGGCCACCAUUUUUUCAUUAAA